AUGACCUAUCUGAGAGCGAUGUUCGCUCGACUUAGCCUAUUCGACAAUGGAAGUCUACUGGCAGAACUUCAGGUCAAACUGAUAUGGAUUGAACAGAUUCGAGGUAAAAAGUUAGGGGAUAAGCCUUUUAGGUUGCGUUUUCUUCAGGUUGAGAAUGGUGGCACUAUUGAUUUUGGGAUAAACAGUGAUAGGGUACAUAGUUUCCGCGGUCAAAUUUGUGUACCGAAUGAUGAGGAUUUAAGGCAGUCAAUUCUGAGAGAGUCGCAUGGUAGUCCCUAUACUAUGCAUCCUAGCGGGAACAAGAUGUAUCGAGAUCUUCGAGAAUUGUACUGGUGGCUAGGGUUCAAGUGUGAGGUUACCAACUUUGCUACUCGCUAUUUGACUUGUCAGGAGAUUAAGGCUGAGUAUCAGUUACCUUUGGGUUGUUGCAGCCGGUUAAGAUACCGUUAUGGACAUGGGAGCGAGUAA